UUUUCCAGGUUCCGGAGCGCAUUCGCGCCAUGAACGCCAGCAUCAAGCUCCUGCUGAUAGUGCGGGAGCCGGUGACGCGCGCCAUCUCCGACUACACGCAGCUGCGCGCCAACGCGGCAACCAUGGCGCCCACGGCGCCCACUCUCGGCCCAGUGCGCAGCUUCGAGCAGCUGGCGCUGCACCGCAACGGCACCGUCAACGAGUCGUACCGCCCGCUCGCCAUCUCUGUCUAUCACCGCUUCCUGCAUCGCUGGCUCGAGGUGUUCCCACGCGAGCAACUGCUGGUGGUGAACGGCGACCAGCUGAUCGACGAUCCGCUGCCGCAGCUGCAGCGCAUCGAGCGCUUCCUCGGGCUCGAGCCGCGCAUCAGCGCCCACAACUUCUACUUCAACGAGACGAAGGGAUUCUUCUGUCUGCGCAACGAGACGGCCGAUCGGUGUCUGCGCGAGACCAAAGGGCGGCGCCACCCGCGCGUCAGCCCGCACGUCGUGGCGCAGCUGCGCGCCUACUUCGACGAGCACAAUCAAAAGUUCUACGAGCUGAUUGGCGAGGAUCUGGCGUGGCCGAGCGACUAGCCCCGCCCACUCCAUGGGCGUGCGCAUCAUGCUCAAGCGCGCGCCACGUGGACUUACCUGCGCGGCACCCAGCAGCUUCUUGAUCACAUUGAUCAGUGCCUUAAGUAGGUGGAGUGGGGGGCGCGCGCGCCCAUUCAAACCAAACCGGUAAGCAAUAGCACGCAAGUGUCCGCUGUUUAAUUACCUGCAUAUCAAAUCUUAACCAUACAUAUCAAAGGUGUGAUGAUUGUACAUUGUAAGUAGGCUUAGGGAAUUUUAUAUGUCUAUGCAUAGACCAGGCAGUGUUGCCAGUGCUUGGGGGUUUUUCGCAUUUUUUAGGAAAAUUAUCGCCCCCCGGGGGGCGGAACCUUGUGAUCGUUAUCAUUGACACUAGUUGAUAAAUCUAUAUUUAUAUAAAUAUUUAUAUGUAUAUUGUAUAGUGGGGCUGCAAUGCGAGCGAAAGUGGGCGUUAUAUUUAAAUAAAUUUAUAAAUGUAUAUAUACAGAGUGCGCGGGUUGUUUGCGGGCGAUUCGAAACAUAUCAAGCCUGCCUCGGGGAUGCCGUCAUAGGGCCCGCGAACGGCCCGCCCACUCUCUCCAUCCUACUCUACUUCACUUUACUCUACGUGUCCGUGUCUCUUGUCCUUGUUCAACCAAACCCUGUCAACUGGUCACCUAUACACAAACGCGCUGUUAGAAGUUAGGUUUUUGGGUUUGUACAAAGUUUUCAGUAGAUCAGUAGAAAACAUGGGCGCAGUCAAUUUAAUUUAAUCGAAUCAAUCGAUUAUUUAAUCGACCCUCACAGCUCGCGCCCUGUGCGUACGGCGCCCUCUCACGGGCCACGGUCUUGUCGACGUGGCACUGUCAUCGGUGACAUCGCUCGGGUGAUUGACCCCAUUGAGUGCCAAAAAACCGGUAAAAUCCCCUGAUGGGGCUCCGAAUCCAGUGCGGAGUGCUCAAGGGGGCCCUCGGGACCCCCUUGAGCGUAAAUUCCAGUGCGCACCCGGUGAAAUUUCCGUUUUAAGCGCCUGGCGGCUGUUUGGGCCUACGUUGUUGCCAUCCAGGCUGGAAGCGUUCCGUAGUGCGGGGCCCCCCACGGGGGCUGCCGGCGAUCAGUAGGCUGGAAGCCCUGCGGCCUUGAAAGGGCCGGUUUUGCGGGCGCUAGCUGCGCAAGUGAGGUUAGGUGUCUGCUAGCUGCCAGCUGCAGAGGCCGACACAAGGGGGCCCCCGAUACUUGAAGUUGCGCUGGAAAAAAACCUUGUGAUCGAUGUUGAUGAAUCUAUAUUCAUGUAGUGGGGCAAAUAUUGCGUACACACAGCGCGCGGGUUGUUUGGGGACGAUUCGCAACAUAUCAAGCCUGCCUCGUGCAUGGCGUCAUAAGGCCCGCCCUCUAUCUCCAUCCCACUCUACGUGUCUUGUAUCCUUGUUCAACCGAAUCCUGUCAACUGGUCACUCCACCCAAACCCGCUAGUUAGAGGUUAGGUUUUGGGUUUGUACAAACUUUUUAGCGGAUUUAUACACUGUUGAAGCCCCCACUUUGAGCCCGAGGGCCAGUGGGGCAACACCGCAAUAAUUUUGUUAAAUUUACCAAAAAAUGUGUAAUUUGCCGAGGCCGAAUAAAGAUGAAAGUCAAACUGG